UAAAAUAAACAGACAGGCAGAUAACUUGCAAGAAAUGUGUAGUACGGUGUAUACAUACACCAUUUAAGCCUGUCUGCAUUUUUUCUGCCAUUUAAUGUUUUACCAACUCUUUAAAACAGAUGUUUGCUACCUAUUUCACUUACACUUGUAGAUGUUAUGAUUGGUGUAUCUGUAUUAUCAGCCGACAGCUAUAGACAUUAGGCUUGAAGAUGUCGCUAUGUGUUCAGUUGUAUCGCUUUGGGCGACAGGCUUGGUGUAGAUCACACAUUCAAAGAAUCGUUGUGAACCAGUAUAGCCAGGUCAGAAGAUAUCAACACACUGUCCACAGCAAGACGUCGGAGUACGAGUCGUCACUGUUUGUCAGUGGAGUUCACCAGGAUGACACUCUGUUGCUGUCUCUAGACCUUGAUAUUGAGGCAAUGUUACAGGACUUAGAUUCCAAUAUACACGCCAGAAGACAUGCCAGUUGGAACAGUGAUAAUAUUCGUCAGUUUAAAGACAACUGCAAACGAUUUGUGGAGAUGAGAGCAAAGUUGAAAAACAUAGAGGAUGAUCAAAAGAACACAACUUUGGCUUUUAAAUCUAUUAAGGAGAAGGAGCAAAACUUGACUAUGACAAAAGAAAAAGCAGACCAAGAGAGAACACAUUUGAGGGAGAAGGGGAGACAAUUGAAAAAUCAGCACACCAGCAUCAUGGAUGAAUAUUUUACUUUGGAGCAAGCUGUCUUCAUCCGCGCUCUUCAGAUACCUAACCAUUUACAUAUCGACACGCCAACAGAAGAUGAAGUAAAAAUAUUGGACAAGUGUGGCUCUUCUGAAAAUGUCAAGGUGUCCAGUGAAAAAUUGAAAAAAAUACUGAAGAAAUGUGUAAAAUUUAGUAAUGUAGGUCAGAAGUCCUACUAUCUAAUGUCAGACGCAGCCCUUAAAGAACAGGAACUCAUUAUCAGACUGUCUUCAGAGCUAAAGAGUUCCGGGUUCACACACAUGGUGUGUCCUGAGAUCUUCAAGACUGUCCCUGUUGAAGGUUCUGGCAUUGUCCCUCCAGGCCCUGAGGAGAUCUAUAACUUAGAAAUACAAGACGUCAACAAAGAGAAAACACACAUCCUACCAUAUAAGGAAUACAUACGAGGAACAUCUGUGUUGUCUUUUUUAGCUUACUUUACUAGACAUGUUCUUACCUCUGAAGAUCUCCCAAAGAAAUUCUUCACUGUUGGAAGGUCGUAUGACACUGCGCAACAGAGUAACUCACUGCCAGGCUUGUACGGUGCCUCACAGAACAUAUGUGCAGAAGUUGCUGCUCUAUCCGGGAAUAUCACUCAGAAUGAGGCUAUGUACCAUGACCUGCAGGAAAUGUUGUGGAGUAGUCUCUCGAAUCUGGACAUUCCAGCCAGAAUGGUUCUAGUGCCUGCACACUCCUUACACUGUUCUGAGCGGAGGAGGACAGAGGUACAGUUUUGGUCACCAAAUCUUCAGCAAUAUAUACAGGUGGGGUCACUAUCAUGCUAUGGAGAUUAUUUCAGCAGACGUCUCAUGUACAGACAGAAUGCUAAGCCUUUAAAGGAGCCGGUGUCAGAGUCUAGCCUCGUCUACACAAUACAUGGCAGAUGGACCAACAUUACUAGACUGGUGGCUCUGCAUCUUGAGUACAGUUGUCAACCCAUUGGGGCUGUAUAAUACCGGACGGGAGGCACCACAACAUAUAUUAUCUAAGCAAACUCAUCUUUAGCUUCUUGUUCUACAUAUACCAAGAUGAGGGAAAUCCAUGUACAACAGGAAAUGAUGAGAAAAUUUAUCUGUACAGAUAGGAGAGAAAGAUUCACCUGUAUAGAAAGGAGAGUGUGUGGCAGAUAUACCUGUACAGAAAGGAGAGUAUGAGGUAGUUACACCUGUACAGACAGGAGACUGAUAGGAAGAUAUACCUGAACAGAAAGGAGAGUGAGAAGAAGAUACACCUGUACAGACAGGAAGGUGAGAAGAUACACCUGUACAGACAGGAGAGUGAGAAGAUACACCAGUACAGACAGGAGAGUGAGAAGAAGAUACACCUGUACAGACAGGAGAGCGAGAAGAAGAUACACCUGUACAAACAGGAGACUGAUAGGAAGAUACACCUGUACAGACAGGAGGGUGAUAGGAAGAUACACUGUACAGACAGGAGGGUGAGAGGAAGAUACACCUGUACAGACAGGAGACUGAUAGGAAGAUACACCUGUACAGACAGGAGGGUGAUAGGAAGAUACACCUGUACAGACAGGAGGGUGAGAGGAAGAUACACCUGUACAGACAGGAGAAUGAUAGGAAGAUACACCUGUACAGACAGGAGGGUGAUAAGAAGGUACAGCUGUACAGACAGGAGAGUGAUAGGAAGAUACACCUGUACAGACAAGAGAGUGAGAAGAAGAUAAACCUGUAGAGACAGGAGGGUGAGAAGAAGAUACACCUGUACAGACAGGAGGGUGAUAGAAAGAUACACUGUACAUACAGGAGAGUUAGAGGAAGAUACACCUGUACAGACAGGAGGGUGAUCGGAAGAUACACCAGCACAGACAGGUGGGUGUGAGGUAGAUACACCUGUACAGUCAGAAGAAUGUCCUUGAAAUGAAUUGUGUUGUUUAUACUGGUAUUCAAUACUGUAGAGUUUGACAAGUUUUUGUAUGUCUUGGAUGUUAAACAUAUUAAUAUGUUAAAGAGUUAAAAACUCUUGUGUGUGUGAAGUGUGAAUGUAACAUAUAAUACAUUCUUCCACACAUGUU